UCUCUCUCUUUUUCUACCGAAAACGGUAACAGGCAGCAGGCACUUUUCAGCAGCUGCUCCGUGCGUGCGUGUGUGUGUGCGAUCCGAACCGAUCUGUUCCGUUACGUUCCGUUACCGUUGCCGUACCGUUAUCCUUCGCGAACUUCGAACUAUAGGAUAACUGUAACUCCUUCGCGCUACACUUUCCUGACCUUAAUUAUUUAGCCAAGUCCACGCCAAGCCAGAAUAAUGUCGUCCGCCGCGAAGAAACGCGACGCGCAAAAGAAGAAGGAUGCGCGCAACAAGAAGAUCCAGCAAAUACCCUCUACGAAGAAGGCCAAUGGUGUUCCGGAACGUGAACUGACUGAGGAGGAGAAGCUGUGCGCUAAGCUAGAGGAGGAGGCCCGGAUCAGUGCGGAGGCCCGAUCCUGCACCGGAUCGCUGGCGGUGCAUCCGCGUUCCCGCGACGUCAAGAUCGCUAACUUUUCGAUCACGUUCUUUGGCUCCGAGCUGCUGCAGGACACCAUGCUGGAGUUAAAUUGCGGACGCCGCUAUGGUCUGAUUGGUCUAAAUGGAUGUGGUAAAUCCUCGCUGCUGGCUGUUCUCGGCGGCAGGGAGGUACCGGUACCUCCGCACAUCGAUAUCUUCCAUUUGACGCGCGAAAUUCCGGCCAGCUCGAAAAGUGCGCUGCAGUGCGUUAUGGAGGUGGAUGAGGAGCGCAUCAAGCUGGAGAAACUUGCUGAAGAGCUGGCCAUGAGCGAUGAGGACGAUGCUCAGGAGCAGCUGAUCGACAUUUAUGAGCGACUGGACGACAUGUCAGCCGAUCUGGCAGAGGUCAAGGCGGCCCGCAUCCUUCACGGUCUCGGUUUCGACAAGGCCAUGCAACAGAAACAGGCCAAGGACUUCUCUGGUGGUUGGCGUAUGCGUAUCGCGUUGGCCCGCGCCCUGUUUGUCAAGCCCCAUCUGCUGUUGUUGGACGAACCGACGAAUCACUUGGAUCUGGACGCUUGCGUGUGGCUGGAGGAGGAGCUAAAGACAUACAAGCGAAUCCUGGUACUCAUCUCGCAUUCGCAGGAUUUCCUCAACGGUGUAUGUACGAACAUCAUCCACCUGACGAGCAAGCGGCUCAAGUACUACACUGGAAACUAUGAGGCUUUUGUUCGCACACGCAUGGAACUGCUGGAGAACCAGAUGAAGCAGUACAACUGGGAGCAGGAUCAGAUUUCGCACAUGAAGAACUACAUUGCCCGCUUCGGUCACGGUUCCGCGAAGUUGGCGAGACAGGCGCAGUCUAAGGAAAAGACGUUGGCCAAGAUGGUCGCCCAGGGUCUUACUGAAAAGGUAUCUGAUGACAAGGUGCUCAACUUCUACUUCCCAUCUUGCGGAAAGGUGCCGCCACCCGUGAUUAUGGUUCAGAAUGUGAAUUUCCGAUACAACGAUGAAACACCGUGGAUCUACAAGAAUCUGGAGUUCGGUAUUGAUCUAGACACACGUCUUGCUUUGGUAGGUCCCAAUGGAGCCGGCAAGUCCACGCUGUUAAAGCUGCUGUAUGGUGAUCUGGUGCCCACCUCUGGCAUGAUCCGUAAGAACUCCCAUCUGCGCAUUGCUCGCUACCACCAGCAUUUGCAUGAGCUGCUAGACUUGGAUGCCAGUCCGCUGGAGUACAUGAUGCGCGCUUUCCCCGAUGUCAAGGAGAAGGAGGAGAUGCGAAAGAUUAUUGGUCGCUAUGGCCUUACCGGUCGCCAACAGGUCUGUCCGAUACGCCAGCUGUCCGAUGGUCAGCGGUGUCGCGUGGUAUUCGCUUGGCUGGCCUGGCAGGUGCCGCACCUUCUCCUCCUUGACGAACCUACCAAUCACUUGGACAUGGAGACCAUCGACGCGCUCGCGGAUGCGAUUAACGAUUUCGAUGGCGGCAUGGUGCUAGUUAGUCACGAUUUCCGUCUGAUCAAUCAGGUGGCUGAGGAGAUUUGGGUGUGUGAGAAAGAGACGGUAACCAAGUGGAAGGGCGGCAUCCUGGACUAUAAGGACCAUCUCAAGAACAAGAUCACCUCCGAGAACGAGAAGAAGGCUAAGGCGGGAAAGUAGAUCAUAUCCGUUAGAUACACAAUAUCUAGUGGAUAGAUGCCAACGCCAACACACCUGCACAUACACACAGUCGCGCACCCACAACACUCAACAAACACACACCCCCACCCACAGUGACAUUCAGACCACACUAUCCAUUCUCUUCAAUAGGCGGCGGGUGAUAUCCGGAUAUUGGGCUGCCCGUUCGCUAGAUAUACAAUUCUGUGCGAAAUUAUCCUUCGGUUUACACUACGUUAUAGUCAAGUCAUGUAAACAGCAUUUCGAUCGGCAAACUUAAGUCAACAAUAAAACUCAAAACACCCAAA